UCAAGAUGGCGGCCUGAGUGGAAGGUACAAUGCACUUGCACUGUUAUAAAAAUGAACGCAAUUAGACUAUGCAAAGGGAAUACAGGAAUACUAUUUCGACAAUUUAAAAGAUACUCUGCAAGUACGUUGUUUGGAAGGCAGUUUAAAGCUGAUGGUGGUUGUGAUUUUGUAAAUAUUCCAAAGCAAAAUGCACGGCAUGAAAAAAUCUCUCUGUUGGAAUUUGUCAAAAAUUUUGAAGAAAAGUCUUUAAAAGAACCCGAUGUCCACCAUGACAUUCCAAAGUCUUGGACGAAAGCUAAUAGAAGAGGAGGAGUAUCAUCCAUUCUACAAAACAGCCGUCCACAAAUUUUGGGUUCUACACGACAGCAAAUUGAAGGGAGGUUGUCCUUGCUGGAGUCUGUUGGUAUUACAGGAAAAGAUGCCUUACUAAUAGCCACUGAGCUUCCCUCUCAUUUUGAAUUACCUGUUUCGAACUUCAGGGUUAUUGGAGCUUUACUAAACAGUUUAGGUUGUAACCUUCCAAAGCUUAUCAUUAAAGCUCCUUAUAUUUUUGGUCUUGACAGUAAAGCUUUGGAAACAAAUGUGCAACAUCUUCAGAGUAUUGGCAUUCCAAAUAAGGUCAUUGGCCAAGCUGUUGACAUUAACCCAUUAAUAAUUAUAUACCCUCUAUCUGAUCACGCCUCUAGAACGAUCCAGUUGCUGUUAUCAUCCUGUGAAUUUGACGAGGGCAAUGCUGCAGAUGGACAUUUUUCUGAUUUUAGGAAGGUAGAUCGGAAUGAGUUUGCCCUACGCCUUCUAAGGCAGCCUUUUGAUGGCAUCAGGGAACAAGGUUUUCUUGGAGAGAAUUUCAAACAAGUUGCAAAGUUUCUUUAUGAGAUUCAGGUUUCUCCUUGUCUUAUGGUUUUGAAUAACCCACGAUUUUUCCAAGCAGACAUUGAACAGUUGCACCAAGCACUUGAGUUUUUCACAGGGAGACCAUUGCUUUUUGAAACCGAGUUAAUCCAAAAAAUGAUGGUCUCAAAAUCAGAAGUGUUUCUACAUUUUGAGAGAAAAGUGUUUGAGGAACGUUUAGAGCUUCUUAAAGGAAUUCUGAAAACUCCACGACAACUAUACUUGCUUUUACAGAAGUAUUUCUUUUUUCAGGGGGAAGAAAUGAAUUUAGAACACAAUAUUGAAAUCCUGAAAAAGUACAAUUUUCAAAAUGAGCAGAUUGCUAAUAUCUUAACUUCUAAGGAUUUUUUUGUCUCUCAAGAAAAUGACAUUGAGGCAAAAGUAAAAUUGUUACUUUCUGUUGAAGGUAUAACAGUGGAUCAAAUUGCAGAUAACUCCUUUUGCUUGUUAAAAUCAUUAACAUCUUUGCAAAAUCGUAUCAAGUUUGCUACAGAAGUCAAACCUGAGAUCCUAACUGAUCUAAACAUGGAGAUGAUAUUUGCAACUGAAGAUGAAGAAUUUAUAACCCUUAUUUGUAAAAGCACAGUUGAAAAAUAUCAAGAAUUGACAGGUGAAGAAGUUUCAACAAAGAAAAUCCCAGCUAUGCAGCAAAAAAGAAGAAAGAAAAAUGUUACCUAAGAAAAUUACUUUACAAUAGCAAUUGAAAAAUGUUACUUACAUUGAGACACCAACUGGGACCAUUUGAUCUAAGUUUAAGAUAAAAACUUUAGCCAAUCAAGAAAGAACAAAAUCUGUGUCAUAUUAACUUCAACCUAUUGCAAUCUCACAUUCCCAUGGUUGUUGACAACAUCACAGUUUUUCUCAGAUAUCUAGGCUUCAUUGCUUUUUCCUGAUUGGUUCAAAUUUGAUUUAAGUUUGAUUCCUUUGUUUUCACUCUAUGCUGUGAUUGGUUAACUUUCUUCAAGUGGUCCUGGUUGGAGCGUUUUCACAGUAACCAGGAAAUGGUUUUAGAGUGAUUUUCAAAUAUGUGGGAAACUUGAAUCGGCUUUGAAGUUUGCUCUAGGCCAUUUUCCCCUGGUUUUUGGGGUGCCUGUUUGGUUGACUUCAACAAAAGAUUUGGUUUUGUUGUCUUUAAAUUGUCAGGUCAAGCAACAUAGUAGCCAUGUCUUUUGUCUUCUUAUUCUUAUGGCAAGGCCAUCAAUAGACCCCUUGCCAAAAUGGUGGCUGAAAAUUGAAAGGUGUUAUAUCGGCCGAGAAAAAUUUAAAGACAUUUGUAUGUCUGGGGGUAUACGCUAUACCCACUGACAUACACGUCUGUAAAUUUGGCAAUUUUCAACUUGAGUUUUCUUGGCCGUUAUAACACCUGUCAUAAUGAAUAUUCGUAUGGUUACUAAAAUAAAAGUGCUUGAUCCAGCCGGCUGGUAUGGUUUUUCUCUCAGUUUAAUCUUAACUCAACCGAAUUCGCAGCUGCCAUUUUGGCAAGGGGUCUAUUGUUUCAAACACAAUCAGUAUUGUUUUCUGAAUUAUGAUCUACUGAAAAGACCAAAAGCUUUUAGCCUGUGCCAUUUAUUGCUGCUCUGAAAUAGACUUAAUAGAAUUAAAAACCUCUAUUGCUUCAAAAUCAAUGAUGUUUUGGCCUUUUAAGUAUAUUGGGCAGCCCUUAUUGGAUUGGGUUGGAGCGGAGGUAAGGGAUCUGCACUGAUCACAUCAGGUACAAACAUUGGUGUUGUCGUGGGUUUCAAAAUUUACAGUAAAAUCACAGGUAACCCAGGCUAUUCACUUUUAGGAGAGAAUGAUCGUAUGCAGUAAAUAGAUUUUUCUAUGAUUUGGUAAAUAACUUUUAGGGUAUACAUACAAAAACUUGUUAAAAGAAAUCAGAUUGGGAUAUGUUUGUGGAAGUCUUCAGAUAUGGCACAUUGCAAAGAAAUGAAUGAUAUGAGGGUUGCUUCUGACCAAUCGGAGAUAGCCGUUCUCACAAUCCAAUAAACAAUGCUUUCUCUCGUAGUACAUAUUAUGUGAUCGCAACAUUACAGAUAAUCUCCCAAAAAGACAUUUUCAUUUGAGCUGGGACAGUAUCCACGUGGUCAUUGAAAUGUUUUAACUUCUCCUUCAUUUUGUUAUUGGUUAAUUGGUACGUUAUCAGAAAGCCCCAUAUGAUUGGGUUUGAUCCGAAAAUAUGACAGUCCGUAGACCGGCUCAGCAAAUGUUAUAGGUUGCCAAACCAAAUACAUGAGGGUUUUUUUCCUCGCAAAUGCUGACAAGAUGAAUUGCAUUGUGAAA